UGAGUCUUCUUAUCGAAUGAGAUUGCAGCGUGGUAUGGCAGUCUGUCUCUUUGGGGUUUCAGUUGAACGUACCGUUGCAACAGUUGAAGGCAGAAUGGCAUUAUAUUUCCUCUCCUGGAGUGUAAUCCUCCACUACUACCUAUGGGAUAGCAGCUGCUCUGCAGAGCUAGUUUUUACUUCUCGUCCUAACGACAGCGUAGCCUCUCUGGAGAAGCCACUGAUGCUGUCCUGCGCGGCGUACGACACUGUCCUUCAAAGCCAAGCCGCAAUUGAGUGGUUCAGAAACUCUAGGGAACCCAUACUGGACUUGGACACCCGGGUUUACCAGCCUACCAAUGGGUCCCUGUUUUUUCCCAGCCUGCGGGCAGAUGACUUGGGGAGCUACACUUGCCAAGCAAGCUCCAGGCUUUCUGUUAUCAACACUACUUUCAGCAUAUACAAGGCCUACAUGACUCCAGUGUUUUACAGUCCUGUCUCUCAGACCGUGAAUGCAGGAGAGAGCGCAUUCUUCGAAUGCGUUUCUGGGGACAGUCUACCUUCGGCUCAGAUCAGAUGGGAGAAAGAAGGAAAGCCGUUGGCUGAAGGAAUUCAAUUUCAGGGUCAGUAUGGAGGGGGCAAUCACUUGAAGGUCUCUGGGACAAUGCGUAUUCCUGUGGUAUCCAAAGAAGACGCAGGCAAAUACGUGUGUGUAACGCAUAACCCUCUGCUAGGAACUGAUGUGUACAGUGAAGCAGCCAUUCUCACAGUGCCAGUUUUACCAUCCAAACUGGUGAUUGCUCAGGGUCCAGCUGACCUCACUAUAGCAACUGGAAAGGAAGCUGUGUUGAAAUGCAUUGUCCACGGAUUCCCCCGUCCCUCUGUGCAGUGGUUCAGAAACAACAGGCCUCUAGAGAACACAGCACACCUGGCACCUGAGGAAGGAGGCCAGCUACUUGUAUUUAAAAACGUCUCUCUGGAAGAUGAAGGGCACUAUUACUGUGAAGCCAGGAAUGCAGAGGAAGCAGUGACGUCUCUGGCUGCAUACCUGCUCCCUGCUGUGAUGGACUGGAGAUUUGAGCAGCAGCCUGCCAAUGUCACUGCCGUGGAGGGGGAAGCUGUCACUCUGACCUGCAGGCCUCCCUCCAGCAGGCCGCCAGCCAUUGUCACCUGGUUUAUGAAUGGCAGGAUUUUAAAGAACAAGCCACACUUUACAGUACUAGAGAGCGGAGAUCUUUUUUUUAAGAGGUAUUUGUGA